AUGGAGCCGAACUCACUGAAGUGGGUGGGCUCGUCUUGCGGUUUACAUGGACCAUAUAUAUUCUAUAAAGCCUUUAAAUUUCACCGGGACGGUAAACCGAGGAUUCUGUCUCUCGGAGACUUUUUCUUCGUCAGAUGUAAACCGGAGGAUCCUAUUUGCAUAGCGGAGCUUCAGCUGCUCUGGGAAGAAAGAACAAGCAAGCAACUUUUAUCAAGCUCCAAACUUUAUUUUCUACCCGAGGAUACUCCCCAGGGACGGACAGUCGCUCAUGGAGAGCACGAGGUAAUUGCAGUGUCUGAGAAGGUGAUUGUGCGGCUGGAGGACUUGGUGAAGUGGACAGUACCAGACUUCUCAGGAUGGACCCACUGUCUGAAGGCCGAGCCUCUCAAACCCUCCGUGCUCCGGGAGCUGGGGACCAACGGGAGGCGGGAGGCCCUCCAUCGCUACCGCGAGAGCACCCUGACCAGCGGACUCAACUUCAAGGAUGUCCAGCGGGAGAGGGCACAGCUAGGCCAAGAGGAGGAUGGCCGGAAGGUUUUGGUCCUCAGUUACCCUCAGUAUUGCCGUUUCCGCUCAAUUUUGGCGCGGCUCAGAGAGCAGCCGUCCUCUCUGCUCAUAGACCACACAGUGCUGGCGCUGGGCGGCAUCGCUGCGUUGGGCGGCAGCACGAGGAUCCUGUACUGCCGGGACACCUUUGACCACCCAACCCUGCUGCAGAACGAGAGCAUCUGUGACGAGUUUGCUCCCAACUUGAAAGGGCGACCUCGGAAGAAAAAGCUGUCCAUCUCUCAAAAGAGGGAAUCCCAGGGUCAGGCUCAGGGUCAAGGGUCGUCAGGGUCAACCCAAGGGUCAACAGCAGUGGCAGCACAGGACCCCUGCAGCCCGGACAGCAAAAUGACUACCAAGGUCAAACCCAACUGUAAAACGGUACCCAACGGAAAAAUAACCUCGGCAGCCAAACACAAGGCCAACGGCCUCAGCAAGAAAACCUCCGCUGAGGAGAAGGAGCGAGGGAAGGAGAGGGAAAAGGAAAAGGAGAAGGAGGAGAGGAGUGAGAAGGAGGAGAAGAAAGAGGAGGAAACAUCAGAGGAGAGCCGAGCAGAGGAGCAAGCUUUCUUAGUCGAGCUCUACAAGUACAUGAAAGAAAGAGACACACCCAUAGAGAGGAUCCCCUUCCUCGGCUUCAAACAGAUCAACCUUUGGACAAUGUUUCAAGCUGCUCAGAAACUCGGAGGAUAUGAGUUGAUCACAGUCCGCAGACAGUGGAAGCACGUAUAUGAUGAAUUGGGCGGGAACCCCAGCAGCACAAGUGCCGCCACGUGUACACGGAGACACUACGAGAGGCUCCUCCUUCCCUAUGAGAGGCACAUUAAAGGCGAACAUGACAAACCCCUCCCCUUGGCCAAACCCAGGAAGCAGGAGGGCGGCCAAGACAAGGCUUCAGGAGCCAAAGCCAAAGGAGCUGGGGCCAAGAAACUCAAAGGCCCCAACAAUCCCAAGCUGGGGAGUAAAAAGGACAGAGGGGAGACAGUGAAAGGCCAAGAACAAUCACAGGACUCCAAGGGGAAGAAGGAGAAUCACGAGCUGUCCGCAGCCAUAAAACAGGAGGUGUCUCUAAGAGAUGAGCCAAUUGUAAUAGAGGAGGAAGAGUUACAUCUUACUCUAAAGAAGGAGGAGUCCUUGGCGUUGGAGCAGCCGUCUUCGCUCUGCCCCAAAGAGCCGGUCUGUAGAGCCCCACAUGCAGGUCUACCCCUCCACGCUGGUCCCCAGCCUGAGUGGAGGCAAAUCAGUGAGGCCCUGCAAGCAAAACUCUCCUGUGAACAGCAGACUGAAGGGCAUUUCAUUCCCAAAAACCCCUAUCUGCCUCACCGCUGGGAUCCGAACAAACCUGUCGCUCUGCCGGAGCCCUCGUCUAGGGUCAAAGACUCCAUAGAAAGUCACGGCGGGAGAGUGGGGAAAGUGUUACCAAUGUGUAAGCAGGCAGAUAGACAGUGUAUAGACUUGAGCUCAGAUUCCUACCCUGAGAAAGAAGACUAUGGGGUCAUUAAGAAGGAGUCGACCCAGAGCCCCGCACAGACGGCGGCCUACUGCAAAGCCAGCCAGGGAGUCAUGUCUCCUUUAGCCAAAAAGAAGCUCCUCUCCCAAGUGUGCGAGUCCAACCCUUUCUCCUUUACGUCCUCUCUUCAGCCUCAUACGGUGGCGUCUUCUCUCCCUGUCAUAUCAGUGGCUGAGAAGGAGAAAAGAAAGGGCGAGGAGGAGGUGGCGGGACAGAGGUGUGCGUCGGACAACAUCCCGGAGGUAGCGCCAAUUUUUACGUCAGUCAUCCAGCACGCCCAGAGCAGUAAGCCUCACCAACAAGCUGCCGCAGAGAGGAGCGCCGCCGGGGAGCUCUCAGAGACUUACAGCUGCCGGACGAGCCAUCAUCUCCAGCCACAAGUCAAUCCGCCGUGGCAGCCGUAUCUCCCCAGAACGCACGCCCAAGAUGGUGCUGAGAAUGCUGGGGAGACGUUACUCCAGGGCGCUCAGCCUCGGAGCUACACAGGCGACUGCUACUCCUCCCCGCACCUCCACAGUCUGUACCGGCAAACUGAGAGCUGCCUGAGCCAGGAGAGGAUGGUUGGCUACUCCAACGGAGAUCGGCGAGAGCGCUACGCCAGGGACCACGAGAGCAGCCAGGGGUUUGUCUGUGGUGGCCUAGAGCAAGAGGGCUUGGCGUACAGAUCUCACUAUAGUGACAGGACUCAAACACAUGCAGAGAGGAGAGAGGCGGACGACGAGCCAAGAGACUUUACAAUCUCCAAACCUCUCUCUCAGAGGGUGUCCUCCUUCUCCAAGCCUUCCUUCUGCAAUCUCCCUUAUCCCAUCAUAGGUUUGGAUUCCCACCCGAAGGCAUGCAGAGUUCCCCCUAUGACCAUCUCUCCCUCCAAACAGAGCCCUGCCGAGUCCUCGCAGCCAUUUCCCAGCCCGAAAGCUUCAGGCGAUUCGUCCCUCACCAGCCCCAAUCGACCCAGCAAACGGAGUCUUGCGGAGCCCGAAAGCGAGGAGGUCCCAGAGCGUAAAGUCCGUGUUGUGACGCCAAUCCACCCUGCCGGCGCAGUUCGACGCAGUGACCCCGAAGAGCUAAAACCAGCUGAGCCAGCCCACGCCGUUCACCUCAACAACCAUCUCCCUGAGGGCCACCCAACAACUACCUACCCUCCACCGCACGCCGCACCCCUCUACACUGCCAUGUACCCACCCGGCAGCCUGGUGUCCCCCGGGGCGCAGGACGGGCUCCAGCAGCACCCGGGUCUGCAGCAGUACCUAAAGAGCCAGUCAGCAGUGUCCCCCCUCGUCCCCCCGCUAGCCUUCCACUCCAUGAUGCUCCACAGGCAGCUGCUCGCCGCCAGUCCCAGUCCGCACCACUUCUACAGGCACCCAGGCGGGGCGGCGCUAUACGGGGACCUGCUGCACCACCUGUACCCUCUCUCCACCCUCCCACCUCCUCAGCUGUCCUCGGUACACCCCAGCACCAGACUGUGAGGAGAAAGGAUGAUUUAUUUCUCCCUCUUCAUCCUCAAAAACUUUUUCAGCUUCUCUUUCUGUCUCUCUUGCUCGGGGAUUGUGGCUCAGUCGAAAAACAAACACUGAUUAUAAAACUUUGGCUGAUUACAGACUUAAAACUCAUCAGUCAGGCAGACUGAAAAUUCCAUUUCUUUUUUUUAUUUGUGUAUGCAUUUGUUUAUAUACUUUGCACUGUUCUUUAUUUUGUAUCACCACUUACUGUAUCUUUUUUUGUUAUUGUUGUUGUAUCCUUAUUUGCACAAUGCUCAUGUGUAUGUGCUCACAAAUCAGUUUGCCGCUCUCAGUCACCAUGAGUCAGGUUGUUGCUCUGGAACGUGUGAAAAGUGGAGGGCAACAGAGAAAAGCCAUUUGUUUACUGCGUCUGAGGGCUAAACUUUUUUGCUUAAAAACACUAAGUAACAAGUAACACGACAGCGUCGAUGAAAUUCUUUAUAUAACUUUUAGAGGUGCGUUCACCGUCAUGUUCAGCAGCUGUUUAGUGCAUUAUUACACUUUA